GCAAAAGAUGAGCAAAUCCGACUGCUCCAAACUUCACAUAGCCUUGUUUCCAUGGUUUGCCUUCGGCCAUUUCAUCCCCUACAUCCAUCUCUCAAACAAGCUUGCUCAGAAAGGUCACAAAGUUUCUUUCCUUUUGCCUAAAGGAAUACAGCCAAAGUUGGAACAUCUUAACCAGUACCCACACCUGAUUCGAUUCUUUCCUCUUGUUCUUUCCCAUGUAGAUGGCCUCCCUCCAGGGGCUGAAUCUACAUCUAAUGUGCCUCUGGAACUGCAAAAGUACCUUGCUAUUGCCUUGGAUCAAACCCGAGAUCAAGUUGAAGCCGUCUUAAAGGUUACAAAACCUGAUAUGGUUUUCUGUGAUUUCGGGCACUGGAUUCCAGCCUUGGCUCGCCAAAUUGGGAUUAAGUCCAUAUGCUAUGAAGUGGUUUCCUCAAUGCCCUGCGGCCUAGCCGGCAGGAAAAUAGCAAAGGAAAUGAGUGUAGAUGAGUUGAUACAAUUACCUCCUGGAUAUCCUUCUUCCAAAGUGAGAAUCAAAGCUGAAGAGGUUGCUGCACUAUUGUUUAUUGCUGAAGAUUUCGGAAUUGGGUUGUCAUUUCAGGAUCGUAUAAGAACUUGCGUGAAAGAAAGGGAUGCCAUAGCCUUCAGGACUUACCGUGAAAUUGAGGGGCCAUUUUGUGAUUAUGUUGCUCAAAGAUUUGGUAAGUCAGUUUUGCUGUCAGGGCCUUGCUUGCCUGAAACACAGACCCAGCAGCUUGAAGAUAAAUGGGCUAAUUGGCUAAACAAGUUUGAGCCAAGUUCUGUCGUAUUCUGCUCAUUUGGAAGCCAGAGUAUGUUAGAAAAGGAUGAGUUCCAAGAAUUGCUUCUAGGGUUUGAGCUAUCUGGGCUACCUUUUCUUGUAGCUUUGAAACCACCACAAGGGUGCUUAACGAUCGAAGAGGCGUUGCCUGAGGGGUUUCAGGAGAGGGUUCGAGGAAGAGGCUUGGUGCAUGGUGGUUGGGUUCCUCAAGAGCUGCUACUAAGGCACCCAUCCAUUGGGUGUUUCGUGAAUCACUGUGGUUAUGGAACAAUGUGGGAGUUUUUGUUCAGUGACUGUCAAAUUGUGUUGAUUCCUGAAAUCCCAGAUCAAAUUCUCAACACCAGAUUGAUGGUAGAAGAACUCAGGAUUGCGGUUGAAGUAGAGAGAGGAAAAAACAGGCAGAUUCCGAAGGAAUCCUUGAGUAAAGCCAUCAAGUUGGUGAUGGACAAGGACAAUGAAAUGGCUAGCCUCUUGAAGAGAAACCAUGCCAAGCUGAAGCAACUACUUUCUAACAGAGAUCUUCAAGAAGAAUAUAUCAACAAUUUCAUCCGAGAUUUGCAAAAUCUUCUCAAAUAGAAUGUUAAUUUCCCCAAGUCUUAAAUCUUAUAGGACUUUAAUAAAGGCAAGAUUAUAAUAAAGUAAAGGUCCUUUGAGACUGAUCUUGAAUUAUGUAAGUGAUGUUGAAUAUGGAUCAUGGGGUUUGCUUUAAAUUCUUUUUCCUCCAUCUUCAAGUGGUGUUCUUCCUUCCAUAAUGUUGUAUCGCUUAGCUUCAAAAUGAAAAUUUGUUGUAUUUGGUUGCUUUAGGAUAAAUAGUCUGAUAUUACUUCAAAAUAUGUAUUAAUUUCUAAAUUAUUUAACAGUGGUAGGUGAUAAGGAAUGAUUUAUAUCCACUCAAUGAUUCUAUUAUUUUCCAUGCUAAUAUCUCCUCCAGCUCUUUUAUAAAAAAUAAAUAAAUAAAUCUCUUGCAAGUCGAA